AUGCCUCUGGAUUUCCCUGUGGAGUAUUUCAAUCCCACAUCUGUCAUUGUUUUUCUUUCGUUUUUCGCAAUGUCGCAACUUCCAACUCUUAAAUGGGGUAUUAUAUCCACGGGGAUGAUCUCGUCGUGGUUCACGACUGAUAUUUCUAUUGACAGACCAGAUGCCAGGGCUAACCACGUAAUUGCGGCUAUUGGUUCUAGCUCUCCAGAAAAAGGCCUUGCAUUUGUGGAAAAGUACUUGCCUCACAUUAAUACACCACUAAUCCAGACCUAUGACGAAGUAUAUUCCAACGAUGACGUGGAGUGCAUCUACAUUGGAUUGCCCCACUCAAUGCAUCAUGAGCACGUAUUGAAGGCCCUGAACGCAGGUAAGAACGUUCUGUGUGAAAAAGCUUUUUGUAUGAAUGCUCGUGAAGCACGCGAGAUGUUUGCUCUGGCAGAGAAGAAAGGGCUUUUUCUGAUGGAAGCCAUGUGGACAAGGUUUUUCCCCGUAAUUCACGAGAUUCGGGAUUUGCUGUUCGAGCAGAAAGCGCUUGGAGAAAUCCGCAGGCUGAUCAUGGACAUGUCAUUUGAUGCCAAACUUGAAGCUUUGAGUGAUGAUGAUCGCAUGAAGAACCCGCGACUCGGGGCUGGGUCAGUGUUGGAUCUGGGAGUGUAUGUACUAACAUACUCUAGGCUGUUGCUCGACUCUGGAGUUGGCAAUAAGGCCGCAAAGUUUACCUCUACAGCUGCGAUGAAGAUUCGUGGAGGUGUGGAUUUGCUUACGUCGAUCUUGGUGCAGUAUGAAGAGACUGGACGCCAGGCGGUCCUGACGUGUGGUCUCGAAGUCGCAGGUUCGCAACCAUAUCUCCGCCUCAGUGGCACUAAGGGGUACAUUGAGUUAUGGGGAUUCAACCAGGCCAGUCCAAGAAGAUACCGAAUCACCUACACCGACGGAAAAGUGGUAGAAAAGAAGUUCGAUAUACCCGGAUAUGGACUUUACUAUGAGGCGGACGCAGUUGCUAUUGACAUCAAGCAAGGUAAAACCCAAAACAAUCUGUGCCCACCCGCAGAGUCUCUGUUAGUCAUGGACACAAUCGACAGCUUGAGAAAACAGAACAACCUGGUCUACCCAGACUUUGACUGA